AUUACUAUAUGCACAAAUCAAAAUCAACUCCCUCUUCUCACUCGCAACAUGUGGACCCCAUCGCCAUUUUCAUUCCGCUAAGACCCACUGGAAUGCAGCCUGGCUUUGCUCAUUCCCCUGUUAUUUAUUUUGUCAAAUUCCUAAAUUAUCCAUCUUCACUUCCAAAUCUAUGAUGCUAUUUAUUUCUAUGCUUACUGCAAUAUGCCUUAUAUGGGUAAAUUUGUACAUGUGAUGAUAUCAAGUAAUUUAGUUUAUAUAUCAACAACGCAAAAUGUCAACUUAGUUUCCUGUUCUACCCUUCUCCAUUUUUAAAUUGCUGAUCAUUUACAUAUUGUAAGAGAAGAUCCAGCUGAGAAAAGAAAAAGAAAAGCUCUUUCAUACACUGCCUCUGAGAACCUUUCGGAGAAACAUGAAGGGAAGGGUUUCCCCCAUGGCAGCUCUUCUCUUCACUGCAGCUUUAGUGGCUGCUGUUUAUUGCAUAUCAUCUGAAGCAGCUGUUUCCAAAGGAUCAUUUGAAGACAAUUUCAGCAUUAUGUGGUCAGAGAAUCAUUUUAAAACAUCUGAAGAUGGGCAGAUCUGGUACCUCUCCUUGGACAAGGAAACAGGUUGUGGAUUUCAAACAAAGCAGAGAUACAGAUUUGGAUGGUUUAGUAUGAAGCUGAAAUUAGUCGGAGGUGACUCAGCUGGUGUAGUGACAGCUUAUUAUAUGUGCACAGAGAAUGGCGCAGGACCAACAAGGGAUGAGUUGGAUUUUGAGUUCUUGGGAAAUAGAACAGGGGAACCCUAUUUGAUACAGACAAAUGUAUAUAAAAAUGGAACUGGUAAUCGCGAGAUGAGGCACAUGCUUUGGUUUGAUCCCACUGAGGAGUUUCACACCUAUUCCAUUCUCUGGAACAACCAUCAGAUUGUGUUUUUUGUAGAUAGAGUACCAGUAAGAGUUCACAAGAACAAUGGAAAAGAGAACAACUUCUUCCCAAAUGAGAAGCCAAUGUACCUAUUUUCAAGCAUUUGGAAUGCAGAUGAAUGGGCAACAAGAGGUGGGCUAGAGAAGACAGACUGGAAAAAAGCGCCAUUUGUGUCCUCAUAUAAGGACUUUAGCGUUGAUGGUUGCCAAUGGGAAGACCCAUACCCUGCAUGUGUAUCAACAACUACCAAGAAUUGGUGGGAUCAAUAUGAUGCUUGGCAUCUUUCUGAUUCACAAAAAAUGGACUAUGCUUGGGUCCAGAGAAACCUUGUCAUCUAUGAUUAUUGCAAAGACACUGAAAGAUUCCCAACUUUGCCAGUUGAGUGCUCACUGAGUCCAUGGGAUUGAUAAGCAUGAGACAGAUUAUUAAAUAUUUUUUGUUUACUGUUUUUAUUAUUUAUUUAUUUAUCUAUCUUGACAUGAGUGUAUAAUUUGUUUUCUUUUGUCCCCAUCUUUAUAUUGCAUUAAUGGACCUUUAUUUCAUUUUA